CGCUUAGCUCAAGGAGGCAGCCGGGAUACAAACAUGGCGACCCUAGAGGAAGCUAUCUGCAAUGUUCGGCAGCUAGAAACUAUCAUUUUGCCUGACGAACAGCCACAAAUCGAGGCGCCUCCGACUUCUGUUACAUAUACAGCUAAUUUCGAUACCAACUUUGAAGACAGUAAAGCUUUUAUUACAUGUGUAAGCAAGUAUUUGGAGGAGGCCGAUGUCCACAAGGGGCUGAUUGAGCUGCUGGAGGAAGGGGAGAAAUAUGCUGUUGUUCUAUACACAUGGAGAAGUUGUUCAAGGGCAGUGCCUUCAGUUAAAAGUGAUGACCAGCCCAACAGAGUUGAGAUUUAUGAAAAAACAGUGGAAGUUUUGGAACCAGAGAUCAAUAAGCUCAAGGGCUUUAUGCACUUUGCUAUGACAGUUGUAACACGAUUCUGCCAAGAAGUAAAGACCUUGAGUCACCCUGAACGCAGGAAGGACUUCAUCUCAGAGAGAUAUCUUCUUACACUUGGAAAGUUCAUCAAUAUGUUUGUUGUGCUGGAUGCCCUGAAGAACAUGAAAGCUUGUCUCAACAAUGAUUAUGCAUUCUUUAAAAGAGCUGACACAUUUUUAAGAAGAGGCACUGGAGAUGUCUCCAUGAUCCAGGAAUCCCAGAACCUUUCGCUCUUCCUGGCCAAUCAAAACAAGAUUACUUAUCUGCUAAAGGAGGGUCUGGAAAAGAUUCCAGGCUACGAGGAUGUCCUGGCCGACAUCGUCAAUCUCUGCUGCAAGCUGUACGAGACCAACACAUAUAUUGUACCAAGCGAGAAACACCUACUUCUCAAGGUUAUGGGUUUCACAAUAUUUCUGAUGGACAGCAAAGAGCAAGGCAACAUACUCAAGAUGGACCAGAAGAAGAGAAUAAGCAUUUCAAAGAUUGACAAAAUGUUUAAGCAAUUGCCUGUGGUGCCGUUGUUUGGAGACAUGCAGAUUGCACUUGCCAGCUACCUCAAGAUGUGCCCUCACUUUGAUGUGAUGCGAGAUAAGUGGACUUGUACAGCAGAUAAUGCUGAUGAGAAGAUUACGCCUCAGUACAACCUGACGACCAAGAUGGACACUAUCAGAGAUGAGCAUGUCCGUUUCACUAGCGAGCUGGCACGAUACAAUAAUGAGAUGAUCACAUCAAGCAGUAAUCCAAGAGAUGACAAUCAGUAUAAGGAACUCACAAACUUGGCUCUUAGAGGACUUCAACUCUUGUCAAACUGGACGGCACAAGUUAUGGAACUGUAUUCAUGGAAGCUGCUGCAUCCCGUGGACAAGUAUGCUAAUCCACAAUGCCCAGAUGAUGCAGAGGAGUAUGAACGAGCCACAAGAUACAACUACAGUAGUGAAGAGAAGUUCAACCUAGUUGAGGUGAUUGCUAUGAUCAAAGGCCUGUACGGCCUGAUGUCCCGGCUAGAGCCAGUGUUUGCUGAGGCAAUCCGGCACUCUGUGCACACAGAUUUACAGAACUUUAUCCAAGUCACACUACGAGAGCCAAUGAGGAGGGCUGUCAAGAAGAAAGCUACAGUUACAAAGACGGUAUUGAAGUCCAUACGUGAGACUGGCGGUGACUGGGCAGAUUCUUUUUUUGGUAACAAUGAUCCUGCUUUGAAAGGAGAUAAAGACCCAAAGAAUGGAAUCCAGAUAAAGAUCCCAGAGCGAGAUGUAGGGCCUUCAAGUACCCAGCUGUACAUGGUUCGCACAAUGCUGGAGUCCAUAGUCUCUGAGAAGGGUGCCAAGAAAAUGCGAAAAGACCUGGAUAAGGAACACAUUGAUGCCAUCGAGACAUUCCUAAAAAACUCCUUCUUCUUCUCCGACCUGCUCCGGUUUGGUGAAGUACUGAGAGAGUGCUGCGAUCUGUCGCAGCUGUGGUUCAGAGAGUUCUACCUUGAGCUCACCAUGGGUGCUAGAAUACAGUUCCCAAUUGAGAUGUCUUUGCCAUGGAUCCUAACGAACCACAUCCUAGAGAGUAAAGAACCAAGCAUGAUGGAGUAUGUGCUGUACCCACUGGAUCUGUACAAUGACAGCGCGCACUAUGCUCUAACCGAGUUCAAGAAGCAAUUCCUCUACGAUGAGGUAGAAGCCGAGGUCAAUCUUUGCUUCGAUCAGUUCGUGUACAAACUCAGUGACCAAGUGUUCUCUUACUACAAGUACCAAGCAUGCAAUAUGUUUUUAAACAAGCGGUUCAAGGCCGAGUGUGCAAAGAACGGCAUCAACCUGACCACAGGCCGUGAGAUGCGAGCGAACAGAUACGAGUCACUUCUACAACAAAGACACGUCCAGCUGCUCGGCCGGUCCAUCGACCUUAACAAGCUGGUGACCCAGCGCCUAAAUGGCUUCAUGACAAGGUCCCUGGAUUACGCAAUCAGCAGAUUCGAGAGCGGUGAUCUGUGUGGGAUUGUGGAUCUCGAGAACCUUCUGGCAGUGAACAAGUUGACACACCAGCUGUUGAGCAAGCACCUGGCACUCGUGCCUUACGAGACCAUGGUACGAGAGGCGAACCACUCGGUAUCCGCCCCAUACGGACGGAUCACGCUACACGUGUUCUGGGAACUGAACUUCGACUUCUUGCCAAACUACUGCUACAACUCGUCCACAAACAGAUUCGUCCCGACCACCUUGUCAUACGUGGAUAAGGUUCCGCGUGAGGCUGCACCAAAGGGAGCCCAUCAUUUCUUCUAUGGCACCAAGACUCAGAACUCGGUGUUCAAUUCCAUCAACUCGCUGUACAGUAAUUUCUUCGGCGAUAUUCACUUCGGCUGCUUGGCUCGCUUGCUUGGCUACCAGGGCAUCGCGGUCGUCAUUGAGGAGCUGCUCAAGAUCGUCAAGAGCCUGUUCCAGGGCCAGAUCCAGCAGUACGUUGCUCAGCUCAUUGAGGGUAUGCCUAAGAAAUGCGGUCUUCCUCGCUACGAGUACGGAUCGACAGGUGUGCUGGAGUACUAUCACGCCAACCUGGAACCCAUCAUGCAAUAUCCUGAGCUGCGUGUCAAUGUCUACCAGGGCUUCCGGGAGAUCGGUAAUGCCGUGCUGUUUGCACUACUCGUGGAAAUGCAGCUGUCUCAGGAAGAAGUGAUUGAUCUUCUUCAUGCUGCUCCAUUCCAAGGCAUCAUCCCAAGACCCUACCUUAAAGAGGGAGAGAAAAUCGAAGGCAAGAUGAAAAAGCUUGAGACUCAAUACAACUCACUUCAAGUCGUCUCAAUCGUUAACCGUCUCGGCACCAAAGAGCAAGUAAUGAAUGCCAAGGAAGGUGAUCUACUGACCAAGGAGCGCCUGUGUUGCGGGCUCAGCAUCUUUGAGGUCGUCCUACGUAGGAUCAAAUCGUUUCUGACAUCAGAUCUGUGGAAGGAGCCGGUCCCUGUGAACGGCGUCAUGAGCAUUGACGAGUGCCGGGAGUUCCACAGGCUGUGGAGUGCCAUUCAAUUCAAUGUUUGCCAGCCGUUGCGCCCGGGAGAGCUCACUGUUGAGGAAUGUUUUGGAGAGGGUCUCAACUGGGCAGGCUGUGUGGUCAUUGCGUUGCUGAAUCAGCAGCGGAGGUUUGAGGCGCUGGAUUUCUGCUACCAUAUCAUCAAAGUUCAUGAGGUGGAUUCCAGAGACGAGGUGGUCGCCGGCGUGGAUCUGAAACGUCUGGUACAGCGCGCUUUGAACUUCAAAGCUCUAAACAGUCAGAUCUUCGCCAUUUUGAACAAGCACCUGAAGUCCGCUGACGGACCCGUGGAACACGUGCGCUGCUUCCAGCCCCCCAUGCCCCAGACAUGCGCGUCACAAAUAUGACCUCGUCCCGAAUGAUGCACGAUAGUCCGCUUGAAGGGCCUGUAGAGGGCCUAAAAAGCCCCACGCUUCAAAAAACCGCGUCCAAAAUUGUAAAACACAUGCAUCCAGACCUACGCAUUGUCAUCCUUAGAGUUAUACAGGCCAUGCCUCUCGAUGGUUUAAGAAUUGUGCAAUAUUUCCCUGUCUUUGUUAUGCAGGUGAAAUAUAUGUUCAACCGACACCCAUCAUGCGUGUGUUCUUUGCCACGCGAAUUCCUGGUCAAUUGACUCCACAAUUGUUCCACACGAACAAGGCAAAGCAUUCGUUGAUAGGAUCACAGUGGCCAUGCUGUGCAGACUUUUUCAAAACGAAUCCACGAUAUUCGACUCAUAUCUAGUGUUUGUAUAGAAAUAUCCGAUCCACGGAUACUGACGCACUCACUUUUGUUAAUAUGCCUGUUGACAAAAUAUUAAUACUGUUUGCAUUAAUUAUGGCACGAUGUCACGCCCCAAUCUACUAACCCCCAUUUCCCCGUUUCUAAAACCUUAGGUCACCCUUGUGUGCCCUUGUGAUAGACGCAACAAUUAAGAGAUUUAGCUCUGAUAAAGGAGCAAAAUAGGGAGAAAUCAAAUAAUAACUAUGUAGUUAGAGCUUUAUGGCAUACAAUACGCACAAAGACAUGUGGGUACUUUAUAGGCAAAAUUAAGAAACCAAGCAAAAAUAUACCAUUUUGUACAUAACAAUAUUUUCAUAGUUAUAAAUAAAUAGAGUGUCUCUUA